AUGUUUUCGUUAUCCAAGUUGCCGAGUGAUGCCCCAGCGUCUCUGGUCGGCCUGCUUCUGGGGGCUGUCGUAGCCGGCGUGUUUGCGUAUGUGAUAUACCAGAGAUACUUUCACCCCCUUGCUGCGUAUCCGGGGCCCUUCUGGGCGUCUCUCACGGACUUAUGGCAGGUGAAUGAGUUUCUUUCGCUACAGCAGCCGUACAAUCUGACUGCACUCCACGCGAAAUAUGGGGAAUUUGUGCGUUAUGGGCCAGAUAAGUUGAGCAUCACGGCCGAGGAGGUCGUUCCUCUGGUGUACCAGAAGGGCGGGCGGCGACUGCCCAAGACGGAGUACUAUGACGCGUUCGGGGCCAAGAUCCCGAACGUCUUUGGCAUGAGAGACAUUGAACUUCACUCCAUCCGUCGACGUCACAUGUCCAACUCAUUCUCGUUAUCCAGCGUCAAGUGCAUGGAGCACUACCUCGAUGACAACGUCAAGAUCCUCCGCGAUAAAAUCACAAAGUUCGCGAGAGACGGGGAGGCCUUCGACCUGAAGAAGCUACUGCAGUACUACACCAUCGAUGUCCUCGGCGAGCUGGCCUUCAGCCGCUCCUUCGGCGCCCAGAUCUCGGACGAGAGCGAGGCCCUCGUCCCGCCCGUCGUGCCGCAUACGCUGCUCGGCUCGACGACGGGAUCGUGGCCGGCGAUGAUGCAGACGCUGAAGAAGUGGCUGCCAGCAGUCCCGCAUAGCGGGCUACGGUGGCUGUUUGAGGGGCGCGCGAAGUGUGCGAGGUUGGCGGCCGAAUGUGUUGAGAGACGGCUUGGUGAGGUGGAUCGUGAUGCGGAGAAAGGGAGCAUGCGCAGGACUGAUUUGUUGACUAAUUUGAUAUUGGCGAAGCAUCCUGAUACUGGGGAGAGACUGGCGAAGAGUGAUCUUGAGGCGGAGGCUUUUGGGUUCAUGUGA